CCUCUCCCUAGGGAAGGGCUGACAUGGCUCCGGCGCCGAGUUAGCGAGUCCCGGCCCUGGGGCACCAGCAGCUGCCUUGCGGCUGCGCCGCACCUGGCUGCCCCAGUGAGGCGAGCCCGGGCUGCGGUCCUGCCUCGCUGCUUUAGGGGCCUUCCUCCGUGUGCCCCGCAGCCCGAGCUAAAAUUAUCAGUAUUUGAUGAUUGUAGGAAGGAAGAAGAAUGGAAGAUAAUUAUUUUAGACGACUUUACCACUAAACUACUGUCGUCAUGUGGCAAAAUGACUGAUUUACUGGCAGAAGGCAUUACUGCUGUGGAGAAUGUUUAUAAAAACCGUGAACCUGUCCCACACAUGAAGGCAAUUUAUUUCAUCACUCCAACCGAGAAGUCUGUAGAUGGGCUUAUAAAUGACUUUGUAAGUAAAUCAUCCAGCAAGUACAAAGCAGCAUAUGUCUACUUCACUGACUUUUGCCCUGACAUUCUCUUUAAUAAAAUGAAGUCCUCCUGCUCAUGGGCUAUAAGAAGGUGCAAAGAAAUAAAUGUUUCCUUCUUGCCAUAUGAAUCUCAGGUAUUUACUCUCGAUGUCCCAGAUGCAUUCUUCUGCUGUUACUGUCCAACUGUGGAAAAGGCAAAGGGUAAAGAUGCCAUCAUGGAAGCAAUGGCUGAACAAAUUGUUACAUUAUGUGCAACUUUAGAUGAAAACCCAGGAGUAAGAUAUAAAAGCAAGCCAUUGGAUAAUGCCAGCAGACUUGCAGAGCUAGUUGAAAAGAAGCUUGAAAACUACUAUAAAAUUGAUGAGAGAAGCCAGAUAAAGGGUAAAACCCACUCCCAGCUGUUAAUAAUCGAUCGUGGCUUUGACCCUGUGUCUACUGUACUCCAUGAACUUACCUUCCAAGCAAUGGCGUAUGAUCUGCUACCAAUUGAAAACGAUACAUACAAAUAUAAAACAGAUGGACCCAGUGGAAAGGAAAGGGAGGCAAUUCUGGAGGAGGAGGAUGAGCUCUGGGUGAAAAUUCGGCACAAGCAUAUUGCAGAUGUGUUAGAGGAAAUUCCAAAACUUUUGAAAGAAGUUUCAUCAAAGAGAAAAGCAACAGAAGAAAAAUUAUCACUAAGUAAUCUGGCCCAGCUAAUGAAAAAGAUGCCCCACUUCCGUAAACAGAUUACCAAGCAAGUAGUCCAUCUUAACAUAGCAGAAGAUUGCAUGAGUAAGUUUAAAUCCAGUAUAGAAAAACUGUGCAAAACUGAACAGGAUUUAGCUCUUGGAACUGAUGCAGAGGGCCAAAAAGUGAAAGACUCAAUGAGAGUCCUCCUUCCAGUUCUACUCAACAAAAACCAUGACUCUUAUGAUAAAAUAAGAGCUAUCCUCCUUUAUAUCUUCAGCACAAAUGGAACUACACAAGAGAAUUUGGACAAACUGAUCCAGAAUGUACAAAUAGAAAGUGACAGUGACAUGAUAAAAAAUUGGGAAUACCUUGGUGUACCUGUUGUGGUCUCGUCUGCUUCUCAGCAACGUAGACAAUCAAGGAAGGACCGCUCUUCAGAAGAAACAUUUCAGCUUUCUAGAUGGACACCUGUUAUCAAAGAUGUUAUGGAGGAUGCUAUAGAAAACAAACUAGAUUCAAAAGAAUGGCCUUACUUUUCCCAGUGCCCUGCAGCCUGGAAUGGUUCAGGGGCAGUAAGUGCUCGCCAGAAGUCCAGGACUAGUUACCUGGAUGACCGAAAGAGUGGUUCAAAGCUGAUCGUUUUUGUAAUUGGAGGCAUCACAUACUCUGAGAUGCGCAGUGCUUAUGAAGUUUCUCAAGCCUACAAAUCUUGUGAAGUUGUUAUUGGCUCCACUCAUAUUUUGACACCCAGAAGACUGCUGGAUGAUGUAAAGAUGCUUAAUAAACCAAAGGAUACAUUUUGCAUUAAGGAUGAAGAGAAACUGUAAUGUUCACGCAGUACUAUUUCAGUAAUGAUUAACUAAAAAUUUAUUAAGAGAUCACAUAAUAUAAAUAGCAUGUAAAUAUUUUAAUGGAAUUAACUUUUCUGGUGAUGUAUUUGGGACAGUACACACCCUCAACUAAUGGAGUAUCUUUUUAUAAUUUAAAUUUGCUGCUUUUCUUUGGGAGUUAAGGGCAGGAAGAAGAGGGGAAAAGUGUCUAACACUUUGUUUUUAUAUUGUAUUGGGUAUGGACACCAUUUCAUGGUAAAGUGCUUUCUGAAACUGGCAUUUUUACCACUGCAACAAAUCAUUGUAGAAUUUAAGAAAUCAUCAUGUUUGUGUGUAUAUAUACUAAUGGCUUUUUCAGUAAUUAUGAUAGCUUUCUAUGCUGGAAACUGGAGAGGUUUUCUGAAAUUGCCAUAAAAGUACCUAGACUUAGAAGUUUCAGAGGCAAAAGCUGUAAAUAUAAGCAUAUGGUAAGAUUAUAAGUGCAAUGUCUCUUGCAAUAUGUAAAAUUCAAUUAAAACAAUUUAUAUUAAAAAUGGAAAUUUAUAUUGUCUUGUGAAAAAUCCUCGGGUAAAAUAUGACUGACUGACUGGUGCUUUCAGAUGGUAGAUUGUGAGGGGAGGGGAAUUAUGGAAGUACUAAAAGAAAUGGUUUUACUUUCAAUAAAGAACUCCGGAGAACGUGCUUGUCCAUCUUAUAUGAAAUGUUUCAGUGCAUGAACACUACUGUUUAAGACUUUCCCCAUGUUGUUCUUCACAAAAAAAAUAAGCAGCUUUGAUUUAUUAAAAAAUUUCCCCACUA